CCGCUAGUCCAAAAACAAAUUAAGAUGGGAAAACAAUAACAAUAAAUCGCACUCAAGGUCUGAACCCAAUGCUCAAACUCGGCUUGUCUUGCCCCAAUUACAAUACCGUACACAUUCCACACAGACACACGCCUCUUCAACGGCCACCCGUGUCGCCUCUUACCUCAUCCCACUCCUCUUGUGGCCCUGACGCCUGGGGGGUUUAUGGGUCUUCCCACACUCACCUUGAUCACAAGGCGAGGUACACCGUAGCCGCACACGGUACAAUGAGAAGAAAGUGGAGGGAAGCCGCCAUGGCCCAUGGGUACGUCUGAGGUCGCGGCGAACAUGGAGAGCAGUUGAGUGCAUGAGCAACCCAAAUGGUCCUUCUACUCUGUGAAUGCACUUGCUCAGAAUUCCACUGCAUAAUACUCCGUAUCUUCUUGGAUGUGACCAUGGGCGCUGCCGAUGCUACGAAAAAAUCAACAUCUCUCAGGUACUCCAGAACUCAGGUCAUAGCAGAUGUCUCCCGACACGGGACAUUCCUCUUCUUCUCCAUGCCAUCCCAUCCCAUCCCAUCCCAUCCCAUGCUCCGGUCCAUGGAUCCCAGCCCAACCCCCAGUGGGGUGUAAGUGGGCAGAGUGGCCACACCCCACCACAGACAGUCAGUCCUAAGCCCGUCCUCCUCUUCCUCUUCCGCCUCUCGAGUCUCAAGUAUCUGAGUCUGCAGUGCUGCACAUCGUACCCCCUGGUCCACUGGGGGCUUGAUUCCGUCUGUCCAUCCAAAUCACCCGGUUGGACGCGCUUACAGCAACUUUGGCAAUUGGCCUUUUCAUUACUGUUAUCGCUUUGUAUCGUCUUCCACAUCAGCAAGACCAGUCCGCAGCAGAAGCCGCAGCAGCACCACCACCAGCACCCCAUCUUUCAAUCUCUGACCCUUAGCUCCUCUUUGCCCAUCCGUAACCCAACCUGGGAAAAGAUUCGAGACCACCCUGGCGACGCGGUACAUGUACUUCCUACACCACCUAUAGUAUACCUGACCGUCGACCUAUCCAACUCAAGGGGUCCUUUCGGCACAUCAGAGAACCGUUGACCCGCCGGUGAAGCAGCCACGGGAUCCAAUUCUCGACGGAGACUGGUCCAGAGUCCCAAGACUCGAGCGGCUCCUCGGGGUUCGGCCGAUUCCACAUCCAGGACAUCUUGUCACUGAGGCAAGACAUCUGCCCCGACCAGGUCCUCCACCGUCCCGGGAUCAACUUUGCUUAUAUCUGCUCCCGUCCCUCUCUAGUCCAUUAUCAUUGUGCUCCCUUUCUCUCUUCCCGCUGUGGCCAUCAUCAACACCCCUCUCC